CCGCCAUUAUUUCUUCACCACCACUAGAACCCCCUUCGAUUCUCCUUCACCUCCAUUCACCACCACUAAAAAUGGGUUGCUGCUUUAGCUCUGCCACAGCCACAAUAGCCGCUACCAAAAUAGACCCAAAGUGGCAAAAUUUCUCCAAAACCAAAAUCCCUCAUUUCCCCUCUAAACCCCCGAUUUCAGAACCUUGCAAAACCCCAGCACCGUCGCCUCCUUCCCCUGUAAAAGAAACGGUGAAAGACGUGCUGGUACUAUCUGACACACCAUUAGUCCGCAUCAAACAAGAGGAAAACGCCCAAAUGCUCGGUACCCAAGAAUCUGAAACCGAAUCAAAAGAUUUUAACUCCAUGGAGAAGCGGCGAUUUCAAGUGCAGAAACAAGGAGAAAAAGUCUCUGGUCUCUCUGAAGUAUCGGAGAUAUAUAGCAUGACGGACACCAUCUCAACGGCAACGACAGCAACGACGGCAGCCACAAAAGAUAUUUGCACAUAAUUAUUAACAUUAAUAUAACUUCAUUUCAUCC